CUAACGGUCAUGUGGCAGAGUUUACCUGACGAAGUACUGCUCGGUGUUUUUUCCUUUAUGUCCGACCGAGCUUCGCUAAAUGCAGGUCUCACAUGUCGUGGUUGGUUCAAGGUUAGUCGUGACAAUUUGCUAUGGAAAAAGCGUCUCUACGCGAAAUACGCUCCCACACAACUCCUCGACGCAUCACUCGAGCCGUUUAGAGAUGAUUCGCAGUCGUCCUUCUUGUCUGUGUACAAAUCAUUCGAACAAGAAGUUCCUAGAGUGUGUAUUCAGACACUAACUUUCCACAACGACGAGGUUCUUCACGUUUCGUUCUCCAACAACGGGCGAUUUGUGUGUAGUUCAUCAAAAGACGCCAGAGCAGCCAUAUGGACCGUCACCGAUCAGCUGCAGUUGGAGAGAUACGAUGUUAUCAACUUUUCAGACUAUCGUGUCGUCGGUGUACCAUGGCUGCAUGUUCAGUAUUCCGAAUUCAAUGCAGACGACACGAUGUUGCUUGUGUCUGCUUGUGGGAUGUUGGGUGACAGUAAUAGAGGCGAGGUUGCCGUCUAUGACAUGCAGUUGAAACAAGUCAUUGGGCUGUAUAAGAACAAUCCUUUUGAUUUAGCGGGCACUUGGCUAGACGAUACAACAGUCGUGCAUGGACAACUUCGAUUUGUUGGUGAACGGAUGACAGACACUGUUGUGUCUGCUAGUGACGUGGUCUCUAAUGUACAACCUGACAGCAAGGAAAUUGGUUGCUUUAGAUGUAUCAAUGGUGCUUACUUGAGACAACUCCGCAUACUGACUUUUAAAACAGCAGAGUAUCUCGAAUCUGGAGAUGAUCAUUGUCGAGCAUUGCUGUAUACACUCGGUGAGAGCUACUAUUCACCGCACCAGUUAGGAUGUUGUGUUAUUCCAGCCAGUGCUAGUUAUUCCGAUUCCGUAAAAAAGGCAUCAGGAAAAGGCUUCUUAGCUGUAGAAUUCAACGGUCACGUUAUCGGACUAGCUGUGUCUACUGAUCAGCAGUAUUUGUACGUCAAUUGUCGAUCGUUUACAGAUGACCACGUGGAGCCGGGUCCUUCCGUCGGUCCUCCCAUUGUGUCCGAUGUUGCCAUGAGGGUUUAUCGAUUGAAAAGUCCUAUGGAAUGGGAACACAUCCAAACUUUAUCAGGUCAUCGUUGUUUCACAGAAGCAGAGAACUGCUUCUUCAUAUACCUGGACGUAGGAAAGCACUACGUUGCAAGUGGAGCAGAAGACAAGCAGGUUCACAUCUGGCAUCGGCAGUCAGGGGCGAGAGUUGCAUGUCUUGCAGGACACGAUGACGUCGUUAAUUCUGUGGCAUUAAAUCCUAGCAAUCCUGGUAUGUUGGUAUCUGGCAGUGAUGACUACACUGUGAAAGUUUGGCUCUCUAGAAUGCUGACUAGACUGGAUAGUAGUCACCCUACACUGAAUAGGCUGUAAUCAUAAUUGGUGAUAAUUUUUAUGUCAUACAGAAAUGGUGUGUUUUAUGUACCUAUUGGAAAUGAUGGUCUCCAUGUAGUGAUCUGAGCAAUUUUUGGCUGUACGAUGAAUACUAAAUAAUAGAAAUAAGUUGCUCAUUCUA